AUGUCUUCCUCGAAGCUAGAUACAAAUAUAGAAGAUGGUGGAAAUAUUGAGCCAAUGAACAAGAAAAAAGGAAUCGGAGGAGUCAAUCGGUUUCUGGAUAGAGCUUUGACAAGAGCUUCAUUUGAUGAGGAAAUGGACGAGGAAAUCUCAUCAGGAUGCAAUAUAAUUUUCACAGUUCUCACUGUUUGUCUUAUCAUUUUCGGAGUUGCAAGACGUGAAGAAUGUGAUGGACAACCAAUGAUUCCAGUCUUUAUUAUUGUUUUGGGAUUCUUAUGGUUGACAAGAGAUAUUAUUGAGAGAUUGAGAAGGAGAUAUCAAAGAAAACGUGAGUCUCCAUUGCCAAGUGAAGACGGAGAGUUGAGAGAUAAAUUGGGUGAAUCAGGAUUUCCAUUACCAUGUGGCUACAUUCAUUUCCUGCUGAACGCUUUGAUUUUUGUUUGGUUCUUCUUUGGCUGUUACUGGGUAUUCGGAUCAUGGGCGGCUCGUGCUUAUUGUGAUUGGUGGACCUUCCAUAUCGCUGCAUUUUAUCUGAUUUUCUCAGCGUUCUGGUUGCUUAUGGGACUGUUUUGUUGUAUGUUGAGAUGA